AUGAGCGUGCACCCUCCGACAAAGGCAAACAUAAAUAGCGAUGUCAUAGAGUUGAGCCACAACUCGGCAUCCGGAAAUGCGAGCCUCGUCAACAUCGGCCGGCUCAUUGUGAAGCUCGGCCUCGGCGGUGGCGAUGUAGACGAGGAUGCCGGUGGCGAGCUCGACGGGUUGAGGUACCUCGAGGCCAUCUUUCGCAAGCUCGGUGCGCAUGCAAACCCACCAGAGUCCGACCAUGUAGACCAGAGACUUGCCGAAUUUCUCAGAGAAAUGUCCGUCACUUCCACGCCAGCGCCCUCUCCUGCGCAUGAGAGCGCGUUGCCCACUGACUCGACGGUCCACGACGCUCUGCUCUGCCGCUCGAAGCCCAGCUUCUGGGACCUGUCGUUUCCUCGUCUCCGUCCGUUCGGCAGCGACAUGCUGCGGAGCGUGAGCCGUUACCCCGACGGACAGGUGGGCAAGGUUGUCGACUCGCUGAGCCUCCAAGAUCAAGAUAAGCUUCUUUCGUGGGCGAAGCACGCAUCAUCCCAGCUUCUAUGGAUAGAUGGAUGCUUGGGCACGGGGCCGUCCGAUUGGACGACGGACUUGUCGCUCGAAAUCAUCGGCACGGCUGCCUUUGCCAACUCUCACCUUGCCACGGAUGAAAUGGCCAUCGUCCACCAUUUCUGCAGCGAAACUGCUGACGGCCGCCCGGGGCAGCCCGAUGUUGCCAUCCAGGAUUUGAUCCGUCAACUAAUCGACAGCCACGCCCACAACUUCACGCAGGAUGCAUGCCAGAGGUGCCGCCUCAACAGCGUCCGGUUCCAAGAGGCAUCCGGUUGCUUCGACGGCCUGUGGGAUCUGUUCACCACGUGCGUCUUUGUUUCGAGGAUCAGCACACUCGUGGUUGUCAUCGACAACAUUGACGCUCUUUUCGCGGCGUCGAACCGGCCCGGUGACGGUAACGCGCCUUUCCGCCAGCUCGUCGACGGAUUGCUGAGGCUCAGCCGUACGGAUGUCGUCUUGAUCAAAAUAGUCGUCACAUCGAGGAUGCCGCAAGCAUCGCGUCACUUCACCGCCGCCGCUCGGGCACCGCAUCGGCACGUCUGCCUCCGAAUCCCGAAACCUCCUCACCGGAAGCGGCCGCCAACAAGAUCACGCAGGAAGUUCCGCGCGCUCAUCGAGGCAUUGCCGUGGAACGACGAAGAACGAGCCGCGGGGGAGCGGCUCGAUGGACGUGUCCGCGGCACGACCUUUACCGGCUUCGAGGAGGAGUACGCCACGGACGUCAGCUUUCCGGUCGAGGACGACUUGUACGACCUCGACUCGGACCACGAUGACGAUGGCUGCCUCGGCAUCGAACGGGCAGCCGGCCCCUGUCGAUCCGCUGCCAGCAUGGCCGGUGGGCACCUGGAAUGCCGCAUCGGCCGAGGGGACACGACCCUGUUUGUGCAGGGCGACGAGAUGGAUGAGGCGUGCUCGCUCACGUACAGCGACCUGAGCUCGAUGCAAGCAGAUACGACGCAAGCGAGGCCAUCCACCGACGCCCAAGAAAACAGGGAUUACUUUGCAGGCCUGCUCUUGGACUCUGACGACGAAGGCGUUUGA